AUGGGCACUUCAGUGGUGUCGGCCGACCAGAAUCAAGGCUUCAGGCCUCAUUCACACAUUCUGUCCCAAUUCGCGACAUCCAGACGUUCUUGCCAGCUUUUUCGCUUCGCACGGCCCCGGACGACGAGCGAUAUCAAUCGACGCGAAUUCUUCAACACUCUGACAGAAAUUUGGACGCACCCCCUCAAGGCGACUCAAACCCCGACGACCGGCGGCGAAGAACAAAGGAGCUCUUUCGCUGCCAGCCCCCGUCCAUUACUCGCAACUCUAGACGCAAAUGCAGGGCCGUGGAUCGUCCACAACCCCUCAACACCCGACACGCCCUCGCUCGACGACGCGGUAAAUCUCGACCUUUUCGAACGAACCACCCGAGAGGCAGAAUCUGUUAUGCCGCCACAGCUGACUAGGUUCCCUGGCGGGCCCAACACCAUAUCACCCUACCACCAGCAGUUCCCUUCCCACGCCCAAGGCCACGGUCCUAGCCAUGGGCCACCCUUAGGUGCCAACCCUUCCUACCUCAACGCGAACGCCGCCCAACUCAGUCCCUUCUCAACAAAUGGAAACGUCCUCGGCGGCACCCCCGGUCUGAACGGCGGCUUCCCCAUCAGCGCCGACACCGGGCUGGGGAGCCAUGCCGCGCGGAUGGGUUUUGCACACGCGGCGAGCCUGCAGCAGCAACAACAACAGCAGCAGCACGGCCAGCCGCAACACAGCUUUGCGCUCGAUCACGGCGCCGCGCCGCCACGGACGACGCAGAACAAGGGGAGGAUAAGGGAAGUGUGGAAGCACAACCUCCACGAGGAAAUGGCAGUGCUGAGGGAGCUCGUCGACAAGUAUCCCUAUAUCGCCAUGGAUACGGAAUUCCCAGGCGUGGUAUCACGGCCAAUGGGCUCCUUUAGAGGAAAGAGCGAUUACCACUACCAAUGCCUGCGAACCAAUGUCGACAUGCUCAAGGUCAUCCAGAUCGGGCUGACGCUUUUCAACGAAGACGGCGAGACCCCACCCGCGCGACCGAACUCUCAGCAGGACAUCGAACUGAGCGCGGCUCAGCGAAGAGCAGCGUCACAAGGCCCGUUUCCCUACGCGUGGCAGUUCAACUUUAAGUUCUCCGUCAAGGAUGACAUGUACAACGAGAAGUCGAUCGAGUCAUUAUCCAGCGCCGGAAUCGAUUUUGCCUCCCUCGAGAGAGAUGGCAUCGACCCCCACGAAUUCGCCUCCCUCCUUAUCCCAUCCGGCCUCGUGUGCUUCGACAACGUGAAAUGGAUCUCUUUCCACGGAGGCUACGACUUCGGCUACCUCACCAAAUUACUCACCUGCAACGACCUCCCCAACGAUGAAGCGGAUUUCGACCAAGUCAUGAAGUUGUACUUCCCGUCAGCUUAUGAUGUUAAGCACCUCAUGAAGCAUGCCAUACGACUUCACAACUCGGGGCUCCUGACCCCUAGCGAUCCCAGUAGCGCCGAUAUUCUCCAGAAAUUCGAACACAAGUCUGGUCUCGAGAACAUCGCCGAUUCCCUAAAGAUUAAGCGUGUAGGGAAUGCGCACCAGGCCGGCUCCGACUCCCUUCUCACGGGCAAGGUCUUCUUCCAGAUGCGAGACAAGAUCUUUAACGGAGAAAUCCCCGAAGAACAUGUUGGCAAGGUCUGGGGCCUGGGCAUUCCUGAGCUUCUGGUACUGGAGAGACUGCCGUUCGGCAAUAAUGGCGGCAACCAGGACUCGGCGCAAGGCCAGGGCCCCAACGGCCAGCACAACGGAGCACCCAGCACGCCCAACACCGCUAGCGUCGGCCUCGUGAGCACACCGGCCGCGCAGUCGCAUAAUACCAACGGCAUCUCCAUGGGACCAAUGACGCCAGGCGGGGGCGGCGGAGUGUUCGGCAACUUUGCCUUUGGAGGCACUAGAUAAGCUCUGACGUGCACAUCUUCCCGCCAACCAGGUUUUGCGCAGGGGAGGUCCCAAAGAAGUUGUCGGCGUGCAUUGGACUUGCCUUUUGGGGGCUGGCCAUGGUGACUGGUUCUCAAGCGGGGUCCAACGGCGCUGGCCUUCGGUUUUGCAUACUUCGUCUAUACAUUCCGUGGGGGGACCUAUUCCCUCCUUUGUUACCUUGUCGGAAGGAGGAAGCUCGACCUGGCUGGGGGUACACCAGGUUCAAUUUUUCUUCACGAAAGAAAAAAAGAAACCUAAAUGGCAAUUUGUUUCUCUGUCUGAUUUUUUUCUGCGCGGUGACGUAUGGAGUUGGGAUUCGGGAAGGUCCUUGGUUCCAGCAUCACGUUGGGCGCAAAAAUCUGCGGCGGUGAUUAUGGCGGUCGGGUGUUUUCUCACUUCCAAAACGGAAAAAAAAAACAUCUGGAUGAUGGUUGGGUUUCUAUUCUGGAGGGUUUAGGGGUCGGGGGUCAUGGGUACUCCGGUUUAAAGGCGACGUUCUUAUAUGCAUGCUACCUUGGGACACCUCGUGCGGGCAGACAAGUUUGAGGGAGGGUAAAGGGUCGCGGAAGAAGAGAAAACACAGAGACAUGUGGAGGGUCGGGGAGUGAAGCGCAAGGUGAGAAGAGGACGAGCGUAUGAAGACUUUUUCCCCCGUCUUUUUGCUUUCUCUAUUUUACUCGUGUACUGUAUUGUGAAUACCUGGAUCAGGAAGGUGGACGGUUGAGGGAGGGAACGACUGAAAUUCAAACGAGACUUUAGUUGUUUUAUUCU